AUGGGAGGAUUUAACAACAUGCCUUCGUGCGACGUGCACGGAUGCAGGCCUCGGGAUGAUGGUGAGGGUUCCUCACAGAAGCCCUCCGCCCGCAGACGUCGCCUGGACACUUCUUCCACUCAUGUGCCACCUCCGAUCGAUGCUGGGUCUCACGUUCCACCUUCUGAUGGUAUUGACCCGUUUCAUGAGGAGGCAGAUGCGGUUGAGGCGCUUGUGGCCUACCUAGGUGGUCCUUCUGAUUUAUCCUUGUUGACAAGAUAUGCAGAUUAUACAGCCAGACAUGUCAGAGACGAAGAGUUCUACAACCACGAUCGGAAGAUUACCGCUCUACAGCAACCUGAUGAGUCGUGGUUCCCGGAUGUCCUCACAGAUUCUGGGCUGAAGGACCUCUGUCAGAUUGGAUACUCCACCAUAUAUAAUGGGAUGCUGGUGGCAUUUGCAGAGAGGUGGCACCAUGAGACGUCGUCAUUCCAUUAG